AUGGCUAACGUAUUUAACGUGCAAGUUUUCUUCAUUGUGUUUAGAGAAUCAUUAGAAGCCAUUAUUGUGGUUUCGGUUCUUUUGGCAUUCUUGAAGCAAGGUUUAGGUGGUGCAAGUCAAGACCCAAAGGUUUAUAAACAAUUGGUGAGACAAGUCUGGUUUGGGGCGCUAUCUGGGGUGCUCAUUUGUUUGAUUAUCGGUGGUGGUUUCAUUGGUGCUUUCUACGGUUUAGGUAAAGAUAUCUGGGGUAAAUCGGAAGAUUUAUGGGAAGGUAUUUUCUGUAUUAUUGCGGCUGUCAUUAUUUCUUUAAUGGGUAUGCCAAUGUUAAGAAUCAACAAGAUGAAGGAAAAGUGGAGAAUUAAGUUGGCUCAAGCCUUAGUCAAGGAUCCAAAGGAUGGUAAGAUGGGUAAGUUCCGUAUUGGUCACUGGGCCAAGAAGUACGCCAUGUUUAUCUUACCAUUCAUUACCACUUUAAGAGAAGGUUUAGAAGCUGUUGUCUUCGUUGGGGGUGUCUCCUUGAAUCAACCAGCUUCCUCUUUCCCUCUUCCAGUUGUUGUUGGUUUGAUUGCCGGUGUCUUCGUUGGUGGUUUAUUGUAUUACUUUGGUACCAACGCUUCCAUGCAAAUCUUCUUGAUCAUUUCCACUUGUAUCUUAUACUUGAUUGCUGCCGGUUUAUUCUCUAGAGGUGUCUGGAGUUUUGAAACCAAUAGUUUCAACAGGAAGACUGGUGGUGAUGCUUCUGAAAACGGUUCCGGUCCAGGUUCUUAUGAUAUUGCUAAAUCUGUCUGGCACGUUAACUGUUGUAACCCAGAAAUUAACCACGGUUGGGAUAUUUUCAAUGCUUUGUUGGGAUGGCAAAAUUCUGCCACUUAUGGUUCCGUUAUCUCCUACAAUAUUUACUGGCUUUUCAUGAUCUCCGUUAUUCUUUUAAUGCUUUUCGAAGAAAGAACUGGUCACUUGCCAUUCUGCAAGAACUUGACCUUACGUCAAUUAAACCCAUUAUACCACAUUAAGGGAAAGAAGAAGUCUGAAUUAACCGCUGUUGAAAAGGAAGAAUUGUUCCACCAAGUCAAACAACAAAAGUUUGGUGCUGAGGUCGCCGAAACUGAAGUUAAUGCUGAGGAUACCAAACAGUUCCUUGAUCCAAAGUAA